AUGCAAUCCCUCCUCAACGCAGGAGAAUUAGACCUAGCAGAUCGGUAUGCGUCAAUAUGGUUCUUCGGUCAAGUCAAGAACCAACCACCCUGCUACCCAACCUGGGCAUUUGGUGGCUCACCAACAAUAAAUGAUUAUACGACGAUGCGCACAAGACGCCUGCAACAGCGCAGUGCGACUACCCCGGUGUCGGAUGUUGAUACCCAGAAUACAUUGACAGCCGACGAAGCCAAUGCAGAAGACGCGAAGGACCAGAACGGUGUGAAGAACAAUGAUCACCCGAAGGUGUAUGUGUCGUGGCCUAAGCAUGCCAACUUCGGCACGCGCAAGACAGAAUGGAAUAACCCCGCGAGUCAGUCGUUGGAGAUUUUUAGCAGUCAGAAGUGGUGGUAUUUCGUUGCUCCUCGCUCCUCAAUACUAUCCGAUGAUAGUACGGACGCUGAUAAAGCCAUUGGACCUGUAGACUGGGAGAAAGCGAGUAGUAACCCUCCUUCUGCACAGCCUAGUGUCUGUGAUGCUUUAUAG